AUGAGAAAACAAUGAUGAGUAAGUACGUGUUAGGUUUGGAUGUUGGUACAACAACCCUUAGAAGUUUUCUCUACAACAAUAAAGGUGAGGUUUGCUAUAGCUGUGUUGAGAAGGUAGAUCUAGUAAAUCCCAAACCAGGAUGGGUUGAGAUAGAUCCAGAUAUUCUUUGGAAUAAAGUUGUCAAGGUACUAGAAACCUGUGUAUCCAAUGUACCUAGAGAGGAUGUGUCGGGUCUGGGUAUCUCCUGUCAACGAGGAACGUUCACUUGCUGGUCGAAAUCUACUGGAAGACCGUUUCACAACCUGAUAACCUGGAAAGAUCUACGGGCUGAUAGUUUAGUGAAAAUGUGGAAUAAAAGCUUCAGUAUAAGAGCGCUGAGAUUGGGAGGAAAAAUAUUACACUGGAUUACAAGAAUGCCAAGAUAUCAGGCUGCUAGUAUUUUCACUCUUUUCAAUGGAUUGGUUAUACUCCGUCUAGUCUGGGCACUAGAUAAUAUUCCAGGGCUCAGGGAAGCUGCUCAAAAAGAUGAUUUAAUGUUUGGUUGUGUUGACUCCUGGCUGCUUUAUAACCUUACAGGGAAACAUAUGACAGAGAUUUCUAACAUUGCUGCCACUGGAAUGUUUGAUCCUUUCACCAUGGAAUACGCAUCUUGGAUAUAUUCAUUGUUUAAUAUUCCAGAAUCCAUGAUGCCCCGGAUAGUGAGUUCCUGCGGGGAUCAUUUUGGGUCAACUUCAGCUGACCUGCUUGGUAUUAGUAUACCUAUCAGAGCAGUUCUAGCAGAUCAAUCAGCCUCAGUAUUCGGCUCAGGUUGUACACAGCUAGGAGCAGCAAAGAUUACCAUGGGGACAGGAUCAUUUAUUGAUGUUGUUACCGCCUCAGCUCAUGCUUCUAUGAAUGGGUUGAUUCCAAUCAUCGGCUGGAAAAUAAAAGAGGAAGUUGUUCAUCUAGCAGAAGGGUCUGUACACGAUACCGGAGUAAUACUGGACUGGGGAAGGUCUGUUCAACUUUUUGACGAUUUCAACGAUAUCAGUGAGAUAGUGAAUUCUGUUGCAGACUGUGGAGGAGUAUAUUUUGUUCCAGGAUUCAAUGGAAUGCAGAAACCGGUAUUAGACCCCUCUGCCACUGCAGGAUUCAUUGGAUUGAAUAUAAACACAACUAAACCCCAGCUUCUGAGAUCAAUUCUUGAAUGUAUUGCAUUUACUCAGAAACAGUUGGUAGAUUCAUUUCUUACAGAAUCAAACUAUAAGAUCGAUAAACUAGUUGUGGAUGGAGGUGUUGCUCAGAAUGAUUUUAUUCUUCAAUAUAUUGCUGAUCUUACAGGACUUCCUGUUGAACGACCUGAGAAUGUUGAGAUGUCUGCAUGGGGUACAGCUGCUCUAGCAGGUAUCCAGGUUGGGUUAUGGAAGAAUAGAGAAGAACUGAAUAGUUUAAGAUCCCAGGGAACAUUUUUCACAAGAAACCCGGGAAACACAAGAUGUUUGUCUGACUACAAAGCCUGGCAGAAAGCUUGUUUAAGAUUUACAAAGUGGAAACAAGAAGAAGAAGAAAACGCAUAGAACAUAAUUUUCUUAGAUUCAACAUUUCAAAAUUCUAAAGGUGAAAUUGAAGUAAUGCAAAUUCAUUUAUAGAAAACAUUUAGCCAACUCUUGAAACCACAGUUGGAAGUAAUCAAAUUUCUUAUAGAGCUACACGGAUAGCUCAUUCAUUAUUGAUCAGACAAAGCUUUUAAGAGUACAUUUGUAAAUCUUUGUAAUAGUUUAAUUUAUUUAAUUUUUCAU